CUUCCAAACAGACUCCGCUCACAUUUUUCUUUGCUCCGCUUCCACCAUGAAUUCAGAAAAUUCCUCAGUUGUCAUGAGUAACGAACUUCAACCAACACAACCUGGUGUGGAAGCAGGCCACCAGGCAGUAAACAGCCACAUCUCCCAGAUCCCUGGACUGUCUCCCAGCAUCAAGACUCCUCCUGAGCAGAAGGCCAGAGGACGAAGGGUCGCAGUCCUGGACAGUGAUUCUGACUAUGUCAAGCUUGCAAAACAAGGAGGGCAUAAAGGACUUCUGUGGCAUCAGGAGUCAAAUAUUUUGAAAACGAAUUCAUACAAACCUCCGGACUGGUUCGCCGCUGGAUCUGGAGACAUCAGCGAUCCAAGCAGUCUAAUUAACAGUGAGGAGAAGAAAAACCCUGGAGCUUUUCAACCUCUGGAGCCUCCUUUUGGCACUGACAACAUGUCAGCUUGGGAGAGGGAUAAUAACAGCAGCAAUGAAAAGGAGAAGAGCGACAUCCUUGGUCAUGACAGCCAGAUGGAGAAACUGCAGACGUUAAGUCAGAGUCUUGAGGUCAACAAAUUCAAGAGAAUAGCAUUUGACAAGAAACCAGCCCCCGUCGACAUGUCCAAGCUGCUGAGCUUCGGCUACGCGGAAGAAAACAAACCAGUCCAGUGACGUGUCAAAUUGGAGGACUGCCAGGUGCAUUGGAAAAGGAUGCACGUGCUCAAACGCUUCCGACAGGACCGCUCGCCAUCUUUUCCUCUGACAUAGCCGGUCACACUGAGCCACAUCAAACAUUUUACUGAGUUUGAAUUGUUUUUGCCACGUUAGAUGUAGCGCUCAAGUGUGAAAGCGCUUCAUUGAAUUAAAGCUAGGACCUUUUAUUUAUUGCGCCUGUUAGCUGUGCCUCAUUAACUGCAUCCGUUAAGUAAAGAAGGCCCCGGUUGACUCCUGGUUAAGUUUGUUUUUCUUGUUGCUGUGUCUGUAACGCUGUAAAUGGCAGCUUUUUUUUUUUUGAAGAAACGAUUUUAAUAAAUUUUAAAGCAAUUCA